AAAAUCGAUCCUGAUGCAACAUCUGUGACCUGUGCGAUUUUCCGUCCAAUAAGACUACAGCAGAAUGUUUAACAUGAUCGCGAUUUUAAGAGGUUGCAUUUUUCUUCUGAUUACAAACUCUGUAAGAGCACAGCUCACAACUAGACAGUGCAGUGCAAGUGCUGCCCUUAUAAAUUCCAGAUGUUCUGUUACUAGCGACUUGACUGCCGUUGCCACAUGCACAAAAUUUUGUGCUUCAUCAUCACAGGCUUCCACUGCCUUGUACUCUAAAUACUGUUCUUCCCCAUCAUCUUGCGUUGUCGGAUCAGCAUGUAACAUAGAAUCCUGCGAUAUAGAUCUUUCUGGUCCAUCCAGUGUUGAAGUCCCUUGUGAUUAUGGCUUGACAAACAUUCCUGGAGCAGUGUUAACGUUGACAAAUGGAUGCAGCACUAGCACGGCGAACAAUUACGUUACUGCCGAUUUGGUCUACAGCAGCAACUUGGAUGGUAGACACCUUAUCUUAGUAGAUCCGACAACAGGAAUAAUAAGUAGAUCCGGUGAUGUUGUUCCGACUGAGAAUAUUACGCAGAUUUAUGAAUUUACAUUUUCUUCUCUUCCCAAUUUGGAAGUUUCCCGUUCAGUCAACGUAACAUUUCAUUUUGGAUCCUGUGUGCUUGGACUUGUGGGGCCAGACUCUGCAGUAGUGUGUGCAGCAUAUCCCCCUGGAACUGAUCCUGGAGUGCCUCCUCGUCCUUAUAUGACUUACCCGCAACUAACGUAUUAUGCUACCAAUGUUCCACCGCUCAUGUCAGUAACGUUUGACCUGCCAAGUGAUUUCGGAGGGCUUGGUGCGGCAAACGGAAACUCCGCUGGACAAAACCUGGGGAUUGAUUCGCCCGCAAUUGUGUCAGGAGAUGAUCCCAACGUCUGGGUCAGUAAUUUUAACGUAUUAGCAAAUGUACCAGGUACCAGUACCGUUGGAAUUUAUGGCGCUGGUAACGAUGGAAAUUUACCUUGCGGUGGUGCAAAUACAAUUACAAGCACAAGCCCUGCGGCUGGAAGCUGUUGCCAAACCCUUCUGUUUUCUGUCUCACCUUCAUUUUCCGAAACUCCGUAUCAAACUGGAACGAAACAAGUCAAGGUGUGCUACGAUAACACCAACACAUGUACCAUCGUCUAGAUCCUGGGAAUCGAGUGCACAUUAUUUACUGAUCGGGAUAAUAACUUUUUGCUUUCGGAAUGACAACGAUACAUAAUGAAACCCUUAUACCUUUCUUAUGCCGUUAUGAAACCGUUACAGCCUCCGGUUCUCUUAAAUAUGGCCGCGUGUUAUAUAUGGAAACUCAAAACCUAAUAAAUUUGUCUAAGCUGGAA